AUGCCUGCUGUAUACUUCUGGCGCUACUUUGAUAUAAUGAACCAUUUCAUAUAUAACUGUAGAAACGAGCGGGGUCACAAGAUUCAAUUCUGCCUGAAGCUUCCGCCUGAGGAAAGACAGCGACUUCAGGAUCAGAUGACGAAUCAACGUCUCUACACUCUUGGUACAGGUGGAACGAUCACCCCUGGCGUUACUCCGAGUCUUUCUUCUAGCGGCCAGCUCUCAACUAUGCCAUCUGGCUUGAACAAGCCGAUUGUCUCAACUCACCUUUUCCCGCAUCAGACAAAUACUUCCACUGUCUUUUCUACUGGUCUUGAUCGCCUGCGAACAGUUGUCGCAUCCCCUAGCCCUGGGGUCUCAGCUAAUGUUAAUGCAGCCUUUGUCCCUGGUCACACUGGUUUCGUUCUCGCAUCAGGACAUUUGACUGGGGCUGGUGGG